AUGAACAAACCCACCCAACCAUUUAGUAGUCAUAGACCAAUAGGUUAUAAAAGCCCAAUUUAUGCAGCGGCCAUUCAAGACCAUUUAUCAAGACUACAUCUUGUUUCUGGUCAUGCUUCAUCUGUAUCGUUUUUACCUCCUAUUCCUGGUAUCUCGACCAAACGAGUCAAACCCAAAUACACAUUGAAUACACGCCAACGACAGCUUGAAAAAUGGCACAAGGAUGCAAAGCGAAUACAACACGAUCCAAACCUAUCUCAACCUAUUUCCAAAAAGGAUAAACUGUUGGUAGAAGAGAAUGGAUUUGAUCGUGUGUUGGAUGCUCCACAAAAGCCCUUCACGCUUGGUAGUAUUUUGUUAUCAUGUUCACAUAUAUUUCAUAAAAGCUGUCUCGAGUCUUAUGAGCGACAUGUACAAAUGAAAUGCUGUCCAUUGUGUAGGGAUACAACUUAUCAAAAGAUGUUGACUGCUGAAGGCCGUCGAGCGUGUCGACGUAUCAGUGCAAUCAAGAUACAAAAAACGUGGCGGAUGUGGAAAUGCCGCAAAGCAUAUUUAGAGUAUCAACAACAUCAUCCACCAAAACAUCCCAAACUGCUUAAAACCUAUCAUCUCAACAAGAUUCAACUAUCGACAUUAGAUUGGGAUCAAGUGUAUAUUAAAGCGUGUCAACUCGAGACAGAUUGUUGCGCAAUAUGUAUUAUGCCACUCAACCCAACAAAAACGUCAGACACCGCAUCCAAACAGAUUCCAAAAAAACGUCACAGACUAGGGUUACUAAGCUGUGCACAUAUGUUUCAUUGGGUAUGUUUGGAGCGACUGGAGCGAUUUGAUAUUGAUCGUAAAGUGCAUGUAUGUCCAGUAUGUCGUAGACAUUACGAAAAGCUAGAAAUUCAAAUGGAUUCAAAACAAGAAACUUUGAUAUAA